GAGAGGGUGAGUGAGUGGGUGAGUGAGUGUUCAGUCCGCUGUGGAUGGGGAUCAGCAGAGAGAAGCGAGACCCGACUCAACUCACUCUCCGUACCGCGCGCUGCAAAAUGGCGGCCGCUUCUUCCAUGCAGCCGCCCACAGCGCACGAUGAAAAGCGCGCAAAUUCUCCAGUACCUGACUCGGAGAGCCCCGAGAGCCGGCCUGAGGAGGAUGGGGCUUCUGAGGACACCAUCCUCCGGGAUAUGGCCGAGCUGGAACCGGAGGAGAUUGAAAGGAGGCUGGAGAAAACUCGCCGAGAACUGAGCAACAGGAGAAAGAUUGUCAUCAAGAACCUGCCGCAGGACGCAACUAACCAGGAAGUGCAUGAUAUUCUACGUGAGUACGAGCUCAAGUACUGCUUUGUGGAUCGGAAUAAAGGCACAGCUUUUGUAACACUCCUAAAUGGCGACCAGGCUCAGGACGCCAUUCGCUCACUGCACCAGACGUCGGUGCGUGGUCGUGACAUCAGCGUCCAGCUGCAGCCCACCGACUCCUUGCUGUGCGUCACCAACCUGCCUCACACAUUCACAGGCACACAGUUCCAGGAACUGGUGCGUUCCUACGGCAACAUCGAACGCUGCUUCCUAGUCUACAGCGAGCUAACGGGCCACUCCAAGGGCUAUGGCUUUGUGGAGUACAUGAAAAAGGACUCGGCCUCAAGGGCUCGCUCAGAGCUGCUGGGUAAAGUGCAGGGCGAUCGUUUUCUUAUGGUGCAGUGGAGUGACGUCAACCAGCUCAGCACGGCCCAGCACAUCCACUCCAAAUGCCUGUGUGUGGAGCGGCUGCCUGUGGACUUUGACAGCUCUGAAGAGCUAGCACACAUCUUUUCUGAGCACUACAAACCCGUCUUCUGUCAGCUGGCACAGGAUGAGGGCAGUGCCGUGCGGGGUUUUGCCGUGGUGGAAUAUGAGACAGCAGAGCAGGCUGAAGCUGUGCUACUGGAGAUGGACAGACAGCUGAUCCAGGGUCAGGAGAUCCGCCUGUCUCUGUGCAGCCCGGGAACAUCUGGCCGCAGCACACUCGCUGCCCUUAUCGCUGCUCAGGGAGUGAUGCUGAGCAACAAAAAGGGUUUGUUGCCUGAGCCUAAUUUGGCUCAGCUCCUAAACAGCAUGACCAAUCCAGCUGCUCUUCAGGUUCUUAUGAGACCAUACCACACUGGGAAGCGUGGAGGGAAGUAUCGUCCUCACAGUGUUCCUUUUCUCCGACCGCCGCUGACAGCUGCACUGCUUCAGCUAGGAAAAGCACAGCAGAACGCCAUGCUAGGGAACGGGUUUGUUCUGCAGAACCUUCUCCACAUGCACAUGGCACAGCAGCAGCUCCUGCACAUCAAGGACAAGCACAUCAAUAAUGUGAGGGUUCCCAGUCUUUUAGGUGACCCUUCCCGUUUACUUCUCCAUAAAGUCUUGUCUCUGCGAGCUACAGCCCCAAUGGCGGUGGUGAAAGGUCUGAUAGGAGAUUCCCCCACCGACUCGGGUCGGGAGGCUGGAGGAUCUGGAGCAGGCCGCGCUCACAUGAGCCCCGGGGAUCAAAACGGUGUGACAGCCCCAGACAAACAGCCAGCAGUGUCGACUCACUCUCACAGCCAGACACCAGGCUUCAGUUCUGGGUUAAGCAGAGUGCCACUGAGCUCCAAAGCUCCAGUUAAUCACAACAUCACUGCAUCAGAGAACUGCACACUUACAACACAAACCAGCUGCCAGAUGUCUCUGCUGGGAGAGCCGCCUAAGGAGGUAAAAUUGCCCUCCAACCCUUACCUAAACAUGGCCAGUGUAUUACCUGGAGUGGUGCUGCAAGCUCCCUGUAGUGGCAGCAGUAAAGGCCACCCAGUCAGUGGGUCCUAUAGCUCGGUUCUUCCUCCUGCUUCCCUCCCAACCACCCAGUACAGCACAGAGUGCACCGCCUCAGAUUACAACCAGUACACUCAGCAAUACUCACAGGAGGCCAUGCAGCAGUGGUAUCAACAUUAUCAGGCACAGGGUUACAGUAACGCUAACCAGGAGACUACGACAUCUACUGAGUACAACAAGGAACCAGCUCAGGCUGUGGUCACAUCUUCAUAUGGAGACUACACUUCUUACAUGCAGGCUGUCACUCAGUACUACUCUCAAACUCAGAUAAGCCAAGCUUCUGCACCUGCCUACCAGCAGAAAGACCUCAGCAAGGAGCUGGAGGUUGUAAAGCCACCUAUGGUUACACCUCUGUCCCUCAAUGGCGCUGCCCCACCCAUCCUGCCUGCCUACAGUGCCCUGCCAAUCAUGCCUGGUUUCAUCACCCCUACACACGCUCACACACACACACCGAGCGCCGUCACACCCACACACAGUGCUCACAGCGUAACAGACUGGAGUCAGUAUUACUAUACUCGAGGGCAGAAGAGAGAAUAUCCAACCCUGGCAGUACAGGAAGUGACAACAGAGGGGCCUUACGUAGGCCAGCACUCACAGGGACUGGGUGGCCAAUAUGCUGACUAUUUCAAAAAGAAGAGGAUUUAGAACACCACACACACACACACACACACACACACACACACACACACACACACACACACACACACACACAGUGUGUUCACACACAGUUAAUUCCACAGUGUUUUUGUAGUGCAUUGCUGUUGUCCAGUCAAAGCCUUAACUCUGCACUCUGUGUGUAAGAGUGCUGACGUUUAACGUUUGUCAGCAUCAAAGGUCUGGAUGUUUUCAGUCCUGUUUUAAUCUGGGCUGCAGACCAGGCGCCUUUUUUGUAACAUGCACACACACAAAACACUAACACACACCAUGGCCGCUGUGCUUUAAUAAUAGUGUAAUAUUAGUGACUCCUUUGAACUCCUGAGUGAAAAAGUUGUGUGUGUGUGUGUGUGUGUGUGUGUGCGUGCAAGAGGUUAAGGGCUGAAUAAGACAGAGCAGUCCUCAGAGAAGUCGCCUUUCUACUGUAAGUGGAUGUUGCUUAAACAGUUAGACAUGUUUGGUACAGAUGUACAAAUGUAAUCUAUUGUAAAUAUUUCUGUUCUGGUAAACAAAAGGGCCAAAAAGUCACAAAAACACAUGGCUCUGCUUGGGUCAAAGACUAAAUGUGUGGGCUGUUCUGUUUUCUAGAAUUUAUUUAUAUACUGAAAUACCUAUUAAUAGCACAGUGUCCACUCUUACAGUUACUUGCAAAAGUUUGGGCACCCCUCACCAAAUUAAUAUGCUCUUCAGCAAAGUGAACUCAAAUCUGCAAAUGUAAAUGCACAGUUAAUUUACAUUUGAUUAUUUUAAAAUCCACAUUAACAAUAAUAGUUAUAGUUGCAUGUGUAAAGUUUUGGAGACUUUACUAAGUCAGUACUUAGUAACAUCCGCUUUUGCUUGUAGACAGUUUUCAUUGUCAGCUAAAAGUCUUUCUGUCCUUGUUUCUUCUUGUAUAGGAACUGUCUUGCAGAGCUCUUCUACUUUAUAUAUUUAUGAUGUUUUUGAGUCCAUGUUGCUCGAAGAGCAUGCUUAAGAAAUAAACCCAGAGAAUUUUCGCAAUCUAAGCGACCGUCAGGUUCGUUCCAAAAGCUUCAACAUACAUUUCUUUAUGUAUUUCAUGGUGGAUUUUGAGUUAAAUUUUGGAUCAUUCUUCCAGACUUUGUUGUUAUUUACUGGACAUCAUCUUCCAUCCAGCUGUGUAAUGUUUCCUGUGACCCACCUCAGUGCUUAACAACUGACAAGCUCUUCAUUUUUCCAUAUACAAUUCAUUUAAUUGUAAUUGUGGUCAAAUGGGGGGGCACGGUGGCUUAGUGGUUAGCACGUUCGCCUCACACCUCCAGGGUCGGGGUUCGAUUCCCGCCUCCACCUUGUGUGUGUGGAGUUUGCAUGUUCUCCCCGUGCCUCGGGGGUUUCCUCCGGGUACUCCGGUUUCCUCCCCCGGUCCAAAGACAUGCAUGGUAGGUUGAUUGGCAUCUCUGGAAAAUUGUCCCUAGUGUGUGAGUGUGUGAGUGAAUGAGAGUGUGUGUGUGUGCCCUGCGAUGGGUUGGCACUCCAUCCAGGGUGUAUCCUGCCUUGAUGCCCGAUGACGCCUGAGAUAGGCACAGGCUCCCCGUGACCCGAGGUAGUUUGGAUAAGCAGUAGAAGAUGAAUGAAUGAAUGAAUGAAUGUGGUCAAAUGACAAAAUUUUCCUUCAAUUUUUUUUUUCUUAUCUCUUAUCUAGGUUCAUUUGCAUAAUUUACAUACAUAAUAGUUCCGUAUUCUGAAGACUCUUCCAUGCAGAUCAUGUUUGUAUAAGUCAUGUUGCAGAGUAGAAUGAUACACCACCUCUCCCCUCUUUGCUCAGCCUUUCUACACGUCCUUAAUGUCAUUUAGUGCCUUUCUUCCCAGCAUAUGGGCAACUCUAUCUAAAAGCUGUCUUCUUCUAACAGAUCUUGCCUUGACUUUCCCUUAACUGCCAUUGCAUUGCAUAUGGACAUCCCAGACAGUGGGACUUUGAGCUGGAUCUUUUUAUAUAGACAUCAAUUAGGUUUAUUUUUAUCAGAUCUGAGUCAGCAGCUUGGAGCCUGUGGUUGUUUAGAUUUAGCAAAAGGUUCGAAGAAUUGAAGAGAAUUUAUUACACACUGGAUUUGUAUUUGAAUUAAGAUCCACAAGUCUGCUAACGAUUUCAUUAAGUUCUCAGACUUUACAAGUGGGAAGUGAAAAUUGGUUGAAAUAGUUUGUGAAGCGCUCGUUUUUCUUUACACUGCACUUCAAAAUUCAAAAAAAUGUGUGAUUUGGUCAGGGACACCCAAACUUUCUCAUCCAACUGUAUUCUUAUGUUGUUUAUUAAAGUACAUAUUACAGUAAGAAUAAUGUUUUAAAUACAAAAUUGUUAUUCAGUCUUGUGGUAAAGUUAAAUAAAUAAAUAAACAAACAUAAAAAGCCAUAAUUAAAGUCCAAAUUGAUCGCUUCUCAUUUUUGACCCAAUCACCUGGACUAGUGCUUGCUUACAAAAAUGUGUGUGUGUCACUGUACAUAUUGCUGUAAAUGUAGGGAAAAUCAGCCAUUUUACUAAGGAGCCUUAAUACAGGCUGAGCUCACAUUCGAGCAGAAAACUAAAAAACACAGCCUCCACAUGGGCCGUGACCCAGGGUAAAGGCAAUAACGUGUAGGAUAUUUCUGUUGAGGUGUGUGUGUGUGUGUGUGUGUGUGUGUGUGCGCGCAUGUGUGCAUGUACAUAUGUACACUCUGCUCUCUGCAGUCUCCAGUUCCAGGGUGGACAUUUGUUUUUCCCACUAAAACAUACAUUUUUACUUGCCAUUCUUUUAUACAGCAAUAGUAAUAUUGCUCAUAGUACAAGUUGUAAUAAAGAUGUGAUGCUGCUGGGUGUGUUUGUGUGUGUGUGUGUGGGGGGUAAUGGGUAUUAGUUAAAUAGCUUUGAUACAGUGUACUUGCUCUCGUGCUGAUACCUUAAUGCUGUGUAGAAGGGUGUGUGUGUGUGUUACUGUAUCAUAGGAGUGUACUAAUAACACUGGGGAUAAGUGCUUUUCUUAACUGCUCCUUCAUGAGGAGAAUUGUUUUUGUAAAUGAUAUUUAACCACGUUUGAACGUCUUUAAGCCAUAGCGCUUUGUGUGUGUGUGUGUAUUGUCUGCUAAAGGCAAUGCUCAGAGAUGGUUCAUCUUUGUUGUUGUGUAGCAGUGAGUGUACAGGCUUCUCCUGCUUCUCAUGUUAGGUAUAAGGAUGUGUGUGUUUUAUUUAUACUCAGUGAUUGUAUUGACCAAUCCAGUGUCUGCACCCACUCUAGAAGCCAUUCUUGUGUGUGUGUGUUAGAGAGAGAGAGAGAGAGAGAGAGAGAGAGAGAGAGAGAGAGAGAGAGAGAGAGAGAGAGGGAGGAAAAUGUCCACCCUUUGCAUUCAGUAACGUGCUGAGGAUGAUUACAGAUGUUCACCUCGGACAGCACAGAGUUGUGGAGCAGAAGAGUUUUAUGAGAUUUCUUUUUUCCUCUCCAUGUAUAGUAUCAGUGACAUGUAACCCCAUUUACACUUGUUUUUUACAUUAAGGUUUCCUUAACUAACAAUGUUAAUUAACAUUAACAAACCAAAAAAGUAUUAAUUCUAUAUAAAAGUAUAGUUUCAUACGCUUGAUGAAACGUUUACGAAAUCCAUGUACAGUGGCUAAUGUUUGUUCAGUCUGUGACUAAUAAAUUCACAUAUAUUAGAAAAAAAAAGUCACAGAAUAUUUACUCUGUUCUCCAGGUGUAAAUAUUGCUGCUUGAUUUAUUUAGCCUCAGUUCUGUGUCGUGUGCAUUAAUGUAUUCGUAUCGAUCAUUAUGGGCUUCAUUUUACUUAUUUGACUCUUUUCUAAGUCACCAAUACAAACCUUAAUGUUACUGAUGAUGAUGAUGAUGAUGGUGGUGUGUUUAAGGUUUGUUCAUGUUAACUAAUGUGUUAGAAGGAACCUUCCUAUAAAGUGGAAUCAUCAGACUUGAGAUCAGUUUUUAAACAUUAUUCAGUCCAGAGAAACAUACUGAAUCAUUUGGAGGAAAAGGAAUCUACAGAUUAACACUACACGAGAAUUUAAGCUACAGUGCUGCUGAAUUCUCAAAUCUGAUUGGUCAGAAUUGGUAGCUUGAUUUUCAACAGUGGUUGUGAUGCAAAUCACAGGUUUAUAAUUCAUGCACUCGUUUCAAAAACAGGAUCAUUUCUACGGUGUCUAUCAAUUCCACGAUCUGAUGAUAAAUGGAUUAGAAACGUGGCGUUAUUUAACAAAGCAAGAUAUUUUUUGUUGCUAUUGUUAUGCGUUCUGUAAGAAAAUAUUAACAUUUAACACUCUGUAAUACUCGGAAAGCUAAGUGAGAAUCUUCUCAACGAUAAAGGCUUUGAUUUUUUUUGUCAUCUCGUAGAGAGAGAGAGAGAGAGAAAACGACUGUUCGCAGCUUCUUUAACACAAGCGAUAACGGGAACGUUUCGCAACGUUAAAAUUAAUUAUAAAUGAUUACAAAGUAUGAUGUAUUAUUCAUUAGAACGCAGAAACUCGUCGUAUUCGAAGGCGGACAAAUUCAGGACAUGCUCUUAUCUUCCUGACAUGCUUUCUUUCCAACUUCUAUAUAGCUGCUUGUCCGUUGUGUAUUUUCAGUCUUCAGCUCGCUCUCCUGUGCUUAACGUGUUCCUCAGUCUCUCUGACGGCUUUGUCUCCAACCUGAGCACUGCUGAUCCCACCUCGGCAGGGAUUAUAAAAGCACACUUACCUCGUCACACACCUUACUUACCGGUCACUUUGCUGUUCUCGGACACUCCAUCUGCUGACAGCACAAAAGUGUGAAGGUUUUAUAUUCUGCCCCUUAGCGUGAAGUCUAGUUCAGUUUUUUUGAGUCGUAGAUGAGGGAAUUUCUGCUGUGCCUGUUCAUGUUGAAUGUAAAGAUCAUCCCUUUGUAUUUCUUAUCAUUUUGAGAAAUCAUAUUUAACUUGGUAGAUACACAUCAUGUGUAAAAAGCCAGAGUCUAACCCUAGUAUGCUUGUGUGUCUUAACCUUAAACGCUGUGUGUGUGUGUGUGUGUGUGUGUGUGUGUGUGCUGGCUUUUGCAAUACUAAAAUUUCUUCUAGACUUUCAUACUACAUGUUCACCUGUCUAAGUGCAGGGGUAACACUAAGGCUUGUUUUAGCUGUUUGUUUGUUUGUUUGUUUAUUUUUAAUGUUUAUACUUUUUUCUCAACCAGAAUUCUUCAGAUUUUGCAAUAUUUUAUAUCUAAAUUAUAUUGAUAUUGCUUUCUGUGAAUAAGCUAUUUUUAGGGACGGUGGAACUCAAGCAUGUCUUUACUUCUCUGUUCUGUAGUACAAAGCUUUUUUUUCCCCUUUUUGGUAGGUUGGAGCUUUAUGCGUUCUAUGUUUCAAACAGUAGUAAAGAAAAGAAGUUCUUGUAUUUAUUUGUCUAUUUAUGUACAUUUUUCUUUAUUGGAUAAUAUUUGUUUUACUCUGGAUAAAAAUAGUUUGGUUUUUUUUUUGUUUUUGUUUUUUUAGCAUAAAGACCUGUUUUACAUUCCGCAAUAAAGAGAAGGAGCUGUGCUGCCUGGCUGUCUGUCUGUCUCUCUCUCUGUCUGUCUGUCUGUCUUCCCUGCUGGGUUUCUCUCCCACACUACACCAUCUUUCCUUUCACUCGGUGUUACACCGUCUCCUCCGGUGCGUCAGCGUUAACAGAAAUGACCAACUGAACAUUUACACAUAACACAUUGUAACAGCAGAAAAUAACAAUGAUACAUUUACCCAGGAGUUGAGAAAAUAGUUCAGGUACAAUGAGAAUAAUGAGAUUACUGAGAUCUUUUUUAACAAUGCAUACUGGCCCAGAUAUAUUUUGUCUUUUAAUUUCUGUAGAUACAAAUUAUAAAAUGUUCAGGUUCAACCAUUUCCAUACUUAAAAUGUUUUCUUUAGUUAAUGUAAGAUUUGAAUAUAUUUCUUACUAGAUAUAAUGGAAUAUGUUGAUAUUCUGUAAUCUCUACCGUCCUCUAGUGCCUACUGUAGGCAUUUAAUGUCACACAAUGCACGGCAAAAAAAAUACUGCCUUCCACAUUCCAAGAGAAAUGUCCUUUUUUCAGUCUUUCAUUAUUAUCGGCUGAAGAUAA